AUGGAACAAAGAAGAUUCACGCCUCGAGGGGAACGUGGAUAUUUGAUCAGCUGCUUGGUUGCGGCGCUUUUGUGGAGCGUGGCCGCGGCGCAAAUACGCUAUUCAAUCCCCGAGGAAGUAAACGAAGGAACUGUGGUUGGAAAUGUCGCAAAGGAUCUUGGAUUAGAUAAGAACACGCUGAGAGAGAGGAAGUAUCGCAUUGUCUCCAGUAACGCGGAUCCUCUUUUCCAUGUAAAUCAGAACGAUGGUAUCCUGUAUGUGAGCCGGAAGAUUGACAGAGAGGAGGUGUGCGCGCAGAGCAAUACGUGUUUAAUCAAUCUAAAAACCGUGUUAGAAAACCCACUGGAGGUUCAUUAUGUGGGAGUGGAGGUGCUGGAUAUAAAUGAUCACUCUCCCAGUUUCCCAGAGAAAGACAAAAGGCUGGAGAUUUCAGAGUCCGUGUUACCCGGAGCUCGAUUUCAGCUCAAAGCAUCACGGGAUCCAGACAGUGGUCAUUUUUCAGUGCAACAAUAUAAACUCAGCCAAAACGAUCAUUUUCGUUUGGAAGUUAAAGAUAAAGGAGACGAUGGUAAAAUACCAGUAGUAGUCGUUAAAAAAUCUUUGGACAGGGAAACUGCAGGAAGCCAUUCCUUAAUACUGACUGCACUGGAUGGAGGUAAACCUCCGAAAUCCGGCGAUAUGAAUAUUUUAGUAAAUGUUCUAGAUGUGAAUGAUAACGCUCCUAUUUUCACUAAUGAUGUUUAUUCUGUAAUGCUGAAUGAAAACGCUCCAGUUGGAACAACAGUCAUACAAGUGAACGCAACUGAUUUGGAUGACGGACCAAACGGAGAUGUGUUUUUUUCGUUUAGCAGCAGUAUGAAUCAAAACAUAUUAAACCUUUUUGAUAUUAGUCAAUUAACGGGUGAAAUAACUGUUAAAGGAAAAAUCAACUAUGAAGAGAAGGAUAGAUAUGAAAUUGAAAUUGAGGCUUCAGAUAAAGGUCUUGCUCCCCUAACUACAGAAAAAAGUGUCAUUAUCAAGAUAGUUGAUGUGAAUGACAAUGCACCUGAGAUUGAGGUGACCUCAUUUUCAAGCUCCAUCCCCGAAGACUCCAGACCUGGAACUACAGUUGCUCUGAUCAGUGUAAAUGACUUGGACUCUGGUCUGAAUGGAAAAGUUAUUUGCUCCAUAGUUGAGAAUGUUCCUUUCACUUUAUCACCAUCUUUACAAGAUAAAAUGUAUUCAUUAGUAACCAAAUCCCCUCUGGACAGAGAGAAACAGUCACAUUAUGACCUGACAAUAACUGCAAAAGACGCUGGUCAACCUCCAUUAUCAUCUCAGAAGACAAUAAGUGUUGUGGUGUCAGAUGUGAAUGACAACAGUCCUGAGUUUUCACUGAGCCCCUAUACUUUCUAUGUCACAGAGACCCUGUUUUUGGUAUUAAAAAGGCUUGAACACGAAACUAGCGCCAUAUCAUUCCCGGCAGUGAUUGGCGAUGGAGCACAGUUGCCAAACGCAUAA